AUGUACGCCGACAUCGAAGCGUUAGUGCUUUCCGGAGAGCUUUUCAACGGCGCAGAGCGUUCGUCUUCUCCAACGCGAUCGGUUGAAUCCGACGAUGAUCCAGGAUGGCACGAUGAGGAGCUAGCCUCUGCCCAACAGGAACGCAACGAAAAGGGGCUCGAUUAUGACUCUGAUGUUGCUCAACGAGAUGCCAUCAGGGCACAGCAAGAGGCACAAUCUGAAUCGAUCGGUAUGGGACCUGGGAGAACAGGUGUCAAAGGUGUCAUCCGCGACCGCGAUGAAGCUGCUGGACUGCAACGAGAAAAGAAAGCGAAAGAGGCCGAAGACUUGAGGAAAAAGAUGGAAAAUGCCAACCUGGGAGGAAAAACUUUCUUGGAGGAGGAACGCGAGAAAGCACUUCGAGGAGAGAAACCCGACCCUUUGGUUGAGAAGGAGGUGGAGAAGGCUGAGGAGAGACGCGACAUGUUCGGGCAUAAGAGAGAGGGUCGUUUUGGCCAUCUACGUGAGGUGGGGCUAAAGGGUUUCGUGAGCUCCGUGGAGAACGAACAACGUGGGGUAUGGGUUGUGGUCCACUUGUACGAUGCGUCGUUAGAGAGAUGUUAUCUCCUCGAUGAAAAUCUUGCACGUCUCGCGCGAUCCUAUCCGGACACGAAAUUCCUCAGGGCAAAGGCUGCUGCCCUUGGUUUUGCCUCCCUAAGCGGUCCAAGUAAAUCCAAGUCCAGUAUUUCUCGUCCUCCGAAGCCAAUACAAGCAGACGACGAUGACCCGUAUGGCGACGAUAGAAAGGAAGACAGCGAAGAAGAAGACCAGAAUGACGACAAUGUCGACUUGGAUAUGCUACCAACAAUGCUUGUCUAUCGAAAUGGGGAAUUGGUACACAACUGGGUUCGGGUGGAUUGGGAGGCUGGACCAAUAGGCAUUGAUGAGCUACUUGAUAAGCACCACAUUCUACCGCGCACUGGGAGAAAGGACAAUCUCGGAUUUCCCAGCGAUGAGGAAGACUUUGACGUCCUAUUCAGCGACGACGAAGAUCUUGACCUAUAG